AUGAGGCCUCGCAUCCCGGCGUGGCGGGUGCAUCGUUGGGUGCAACACUGCUACCAGCGGCGAUCGCACGUUCCACCACUGCCAAGUGCCUCGAUGCCGUUCGCACAGGAAAAGAGGUGUUCGGUGGCCGCCAUGAACGCGAAAGAAAACAACCGGCGCGUUAGCAGCCGCCUGGCAAUGCUGUGGCGUCCUCUGCGCGCCGCCGACAAGGAGCCCCUCCAGCGCAAGCUAGCCGAAGCCGUCGCCGUCCACCGAAAGAAGUACCCGGACUACAUGCACCAUCCGCGUGAGGCCCGCCGGCGCAAGGAGCAGGAGCGCAGUGCCAAGCAGGUUACCAGCAAGCUGAACGACAGUUCCUGGGACAUGGAGCAGCAUCCGCUUACUUCAACGGUCGCGGCCCAGGGUCCAGGCAGCCCGAAGUUCCAGCAGCACCUGCAUCCGCCACCACUGCCGCCGACGCCAAGAAGCACACACAGUGCUAUCAUCGGUGCUGCUCGAGUCGGCGCUUCGGGCGCCGGUCAGGGAACGCUGGCCUGUAUGCCGACGGCGACUGUUCCGGCCACGACCAAGGAUCUCGAAGGACACGUGGUGCCUGUAAAAGUGGCUGCCUUAAGAGCCUUGGCUGAAUUGUUGAAGAGGCAGCCGCAACACUUCCACAGUUAUCUGAGCUUACCUUGA